AUGCCUCGGCCCCGCAGGUCCAAUCGCGCAUCUAGCGCCAGGACAAAAUACAUCCAUGACCCUUUCGAAGCGGCCGGUUUUAGCGACGAAGGAGAGGGCCCCGCUACCUCCGAAACCCCGCAGCGCAGAAAGGGCAAGGGAAAGGCUAAACAAGCUGUCGCGGACGAGGGUUCUUCGGACGAAGACUUUGCAAUGGAUGAUGCCAACGGAGAUGACGAUGACGACGAUGAUGAGUACAACGAUAAUGACGUGGAAAUGGUCCUUGAGAAUGAAGAUGAAGAUGCAGAGGAAGACGACGAUGCGUCAGCCUCAGAUGUUGACACGGGCAGUCGUCGUCAGCGGAAAAAGCCCGCUGCUGCCGCUACGCCAAAGCCUAGCAGCAGCGUUAAGCGGCGUCGUCCGGAUGGGAGUCUUGCUGUGCCCGGGGAAGAGACGCAUUCGCGCGGAUCGUGGAAUCCUCUUGAGCAUGUUGGAAAGGCAGUUCAUCUGCGCGUUACAUUUGGCACAGAUGAGAGGGAUAUACUUUCCAUUAUAAGUGCGCGGGAUCGCUGGUACAAGGGAGUCGAUUCUACGUUUCCGACGCGCGAGUCAUUGAAUGAGUCGCAUGAUAUGCCGGAUUAUGGAUAUGGGAACUCGUUUGGCUUGGAGGCCGAGGACAUGAAACGGGAAAGCUCCCGUGCAUGGGAUUGGUACUAUAGUAAGGAUGUGGGUGCACACUUUAGGAAAAGGCAGCGCAUCCAGAAGAUUAAGGAGAAUGAAGCUCGCUCGGUCUACUUUCCUAGUUCCAGAGGACCACAUACCGUGCUCGCUGGCCCGGUUGAUGAGCAGAAGGUCUUUUCCCUCGCUCAGCAUGAUGUGCUUGAUUUUGGCGAGGCAUGGGAGGACGAUGCUUCUACAUCUCAGAAACAGGGGAAGCAGGCUGGGAAGCAAGCCAAGACGAAACAGCCUGAAAGAAAGAGAAGGAAACGAGAGGGUUGGCUUCUUAAUCUAGGGAACAAAGUCCAAUGUUUGGCCUGGGUGCCAAAUCAAACUGGCCUCACGCAGUAUCUGUCCGUCGUGGCUCCAAUCCUACCGGACCAAAAGGAGCAGUAUCCAGAUCCGUACAAGGACCAGGCGGCUCCAGCAUUCAGACCUUCAGCGCCUUAUCCGUCUGCCCUGCAGCUUUGGGAGCUCAAGGCCGAAGAAGCCGCGUCACUGACCAAGACAAUCGAUAUGACAUCCAAGCCGCGAUUACGCCUCGCGCUGUGCACUGACUGGGGCGAUCUGAGGCGAAUGGCCUGGUGCCCAAUGCCUCGAGGCCCGCGGAACGAAGACGACAAAGACGCGCAGAAGAGCGUCGGCCUUCUGGCAGGUGUAUGGGGAGAUGGCCGGGUGAGGGUCAUCGAUGUCAAACUGAGUCGUGACCCAAACCAGACCGAAUACUGUACGUCCAAAUACCAGAAUAAAGCUAAGUCCCAUACUAACAGCUCAGAUAAACUGCAAUCCCCCGUCUUCGAAGCAAAACCACAUUCGACCGUAUGUACAUCUGUAACAUGGCUCUCCCCGAGCGACAUCGCCGUAGGCUGUGCCAACGGAUUCGUCGCCAUCUGGAGCAUCGUCUCAUCGCCAUCCUCACCCUCCAAUCCCAUCCCCUACUUCUACCAGCAACUGCACUCGACAUGGAUUCUCAACCUUGCCUCUGCCUACCCAACCCAUCCCUAUCUCAUCAGCACCACCUCCAUGGACGGCGAAAGCCGACUCACCUCCAUUAUCGACCCUCAAAAAGACAGCGUCAAUGCAAACCGCAUGCGCGUAGGCACCGCGCACCUCACCUACUCCCCACUCCUGCACUCCUUCGUCUCGGGCGACGAGAACGACUUUCUGCGCCUCCUCGCCAUCCGCCGCUUCUUCACUUCCACCGCCGUGGCUCGGCUCCCGAGUAUGAUCUCCGCCCUCGGACCCUGCAGCUUCUGGCACCCAAGCCUCCUCGUCGGCUGCACCGGCGGUACCGUGCAAGCCACGAAUCCCCUCCGCCGGAUGAUGCACGCCAAGGAGAAACAAUGGCAACAGACUUGGUUCCAGCAUGAAUGGGUGCGAGGCUCAGGUACGGGCACAGGCACUAGUCGGUUUCACGACGGUUACCGCGCCGAACACACCAGCUUGCUGCGUAAUCUGGUCGGUGACCCGAGACUGAUCAAUGGCACGGCGGUGAUUACGGUAUUCGAUGAAGGAACACACGUCACUGCGCUCUCGUGGAACCCGAAUCGGGUGUGCGCUGGGUGGGCUGCGGCUGGGAUGGGAUGUGGCUUGGUUCGGGUUGAGGAUUUAGCGUUGUCGUGA